ACUCAAUAAUCAAAGAAUUACAUUAUAAUUCAUUUGUUUUAUUUGAAAGCUAACUACGAGUAUUUCGCGGAUUCAGGACGUUUCAUUAUGGAUUGGAGUAUGACGAGUAGCAAAAAGCCAACGCCUACAUUUAACUUCCUAGAUCUACCACCGACAAUUCGGCGACGCAUCUACGAAAUCGCAGGUCUCCUGGUUGGAAAAGUUUUGCGGUUGAUUCCGACGAGGAAUGACCCCCUUUACCCCUACUCACAGCGAACGAUUGAAUCUUUACAAUUUACAUAUAGCAUCCUUCAGACAUGCAAAACUAUUAAUACUGAAGUGACAAUCAUCAUUUAUUCUCAAAAUGCGUUUGUGGUUGUUCAUGACUAUGUUUACUAUGGGCUUGGAUUGCUUCAUCUUCUUAACCCCCUACAGUGUUCAGCUCUGACCCAUCUAUCCAUUCAACUCCAUUUGGAAGACGCAAUAGAUUGUCACACAGACCAUAUACCGGAAUCAUCGUCUCGCCAUCUCGAUCCCGAUGCCAAUGCUUCUUGGCAAGCCACCGCUCGACACGUUCUGUCGCAUGUUACCCCGCAAACACUGUAUCUACAACUAUUCUGCGAUGUGGGAGUUAGCGACACAACUCAAGCUGUUCUACAACCAUUGAGAGACAUCCCUGGCGUGUUAAAAGAUUGCGAACUUCAACUCUCUCAUGAGAAGGGCAAUAGACACCUCCGCGCCAUGGCCUUAGAAGUAGCGACCCGUGCUAAAGGAUUUGAUCCGGACUUGCGGGCUAGCCCCUUUCGCUUCUUUGAUCUACCUGCAGAGAUUCGGCGAAAUAUUCUUGAAUUUUCCGACCUUGUGGCACCGUACAACGAAAUAUACUGGAAUGCAGAUCAGGGCUUUAGCAUUUCAGUCUGGACGUUUCGAUGUUGGGGUGAUAAUUGCGAUGAACAUCUUCAUCGAGGUUGUCCCUUCAUAUUUUGCGCAGAUUUCUACCCAGUCUCAACAGGAAAUAUCUGCUACCAACUUCGAAGCGGAUAUUCAUCUCACUGUCAUUGCUGGGAAAUUCCAAGAGCUUUACUAUUGGCCAACCGGUCUUUACACCGAGAGGCCCUGCAAGUGCUGUAUGGGUGCAACCGCAUCAUUGUCCUCCCUUCAGAAGGACCAGCGGCAUUUUCGACGCCACAAUUUAUACGUAGGCGGCUAGAUAUAUCGAAAUUCAUCACAAAACAUAUGCGGCCGGAAUCCCUUCAUUAUCUACGUACUAUUGAAUUUGUGUUUCCACCCCUCACCUUCGAGUCCAAUCUAGUAUCGGAUGAGUCGUAUGCUCUCGAUUUAGACUUUGCCAUUGACCACCUCAAGAGAUAUGCGGAUAUACCGAAGUUAACAGUUGUCGCGUGUAUGGCAACGGUUAAUAUAAUGAGGGAUGGUGACUCGAAAGCUAUUCAUCGCGAACUCAUCAACUCCGGAGGCGAUAUAGCCUCAGUUCUUCGAACCCAUACUCGAAUGUUAGACUCUCUAAGGGGUUUCCAAGGUAUGAGGGGUUUCUUCGUUCAUCUAGAAUGGACCUGGCACUGGUUUCUCAUGCAUCAGGUUGUGGGCUCUAGUCUCCCAGAUUCGUUCGAUGGGGAAAUAGAUAGAAUGGAGGCAUGGCUGGAAAAACAUUUCAUGGGUAAUAACUAUAAUAGUAAAGCUGUAGGGAAGAUGAACCUCCAACCAAGCGUAUGGCUAUACAACAUCUGGCAUACGUUACAAUAUCUAUGGUGGUCGCACUCAACACGCAUAAGAUGAGAUUUCCUUUAUUAAACAGACAUAUACACAGGUAUUCGGGUUACUCCAAAUAUGAUAAAUACCCAGGUAACCAAUCAACCUCUCAAAAAACUCCGAUGGGGUCAUUU